UGUAUUAUAUUUUUUUAUAUCCUUGUGGGUUCUUUAUUUCAAACCUUUAGAUGCAUUUGUCUUUGAAUCUACUGAAUCCAUUAGACAUUCUGGUGCGUGUUUUGUGUGCAGGUCACGGUGCAUUGUUUCACCAGAUACAAUUUUUCUACCGCAGAGUCGUUACCCUCUGAAUGACCCCAUCGCGUGCUCGCCUCCAGUUUGAUGGUUUAUGUAGUCCCGCUUUUAACCAGAGGGUGGCGCGCGGCUCCAAUCUUUAGGGGCAAACAACAGCUAGUUCGGCGAAACUGUUGCGCGCUCCCGUAUCCAAACAAUUCCACCCUGAUUUCCUGCUUACGCGUGAGUUUACCGCUGGAGGUCAUGGAAUAGGAUUUACGACUGGUCAACAAAAACACGUGACUCUAAGCCGUACCCCAUAUUUGGGAGCCUACGUAAGGGAGCAUUAAGUCUGUGUCUCACUCAUUUCCAUAAUUCAUCAUAAAUUGUGCAAGGGUGUAAUAGAAGCUCAAAACCACCAAGAGAUACAAAUCAAACACAGACGGCAGCAUUGUUCUCUCCAUCAAGGUAGUUGUAGUAACUAAAAUAAUUAUACGGUAAUUGUCAACCAAUGAGCUCUUAUUUUGUGAACUCAUUUUGCGGUCGCUAUCCAAAUGGCGCGGACUAUCCCUUACAUAACUAUGGAGACCACAGCUCCAGUGGCCAAUGCAGAGAUUCUACGGGCAUGCAUUCGGGCAGGUAUGCUUACGGCUACAAUGGAAUGGAUCUCAGCACCGGACGCUCUACCACCGGACACUUUCUCUCAUCUGGUGAGCAAACUCAAAGCUACACAGACAGUCCAACUGCGACGCCUGUCCGGUACAAUCAACCGGUUACCGCGAGCAGCGCCGAGACUUCCUCUGACCCUCUCCCCUGCUCAUCCUUAACCAACUCUCCUGUCAGCGAGCAGUCACACCGCGCCCUGAAAACCUCACUAGCGAGCACCGCUGGCUCUGCGACCAACAGCGUCGGGACGGUUCUCAGUCGCGAGGACGUCUCUAAAGCGUCCAUGGAGGAAGAAAAACCGCCGGGAAGUGCGCAGACAGCUUCACAGAACGUAUCCGAGGCGCCGCAGAUUUAUCCAUGGAUGCGAAAACUUCAUUUAAGUCAUGACAAUUUGACCGGACCGGAGGGGAAAAGGCCCAGGACAGCAUACACACGCUACCAGACACUUGAGCUUGAGAAGGAGUUCCACUUCAACCGGUACCUGACACGUCGCAGACGAAUUGAGAUUGCACACACACUGUGUCUCUCAGAGAGACAAAUCAAAAUAUGGUUUCAAAACCGCAGAAUGAAAUGGAAAAAGGACAACAAAUUGAAGAGUAUGAAUAUGGUGGCAGCAGGAAGCGGAUACCGGCCCUGAAAAUGUGUAUAUUGUAAAUGUGCAUAAACGAAUAAAUUAAAUCUGUCAGUGUUUCUAUACGUGUGUAUGCGCAUAUGCGCGCACACGUCUAAGUGUAUGUUUUACAAGGGGAUGAAGGUUUUUUUUCCCCCCCAUUUCACAAAAGAACAUCCCACUGGUCUUGAGAUAGUAUGGCGCUCUGUUCUGCGGCCUUUGUCGGAAUAAUAAUAAUAAUAGUAAUUAAAACAAUUACCUUCUGUGUUUUCAUGUAAUGUUGCUAAUGUGGAAAGACCUUUGCAUUGACUUAGAAAAGCCACAUAAAGGUGCCAAUUAAUAUCAAACGUUUUGACGAAAAAUGCUUUACGUUUGGUGCGUUUGGUAAGCCACCCUGUAAAGGUUUUUGACUCUUGCUAAAUGAAGCAUAACUUAAAUGCGUUUUGUUGUGUUUUUUAUGUUUUUACUGUUGUAAAUAUAAAUUGAUGUAUUUAAUGUAUUUAUUUUAAUUCGAUAUUUAAAUAUCGAUUGUAUUUAAUUCAUUGUAAAGUUGAAGUAGAAGAAUUUCUUUUUCGUGUUAUACUGUCAUUUUUGUGUAUUGAUAAAAUCGUUAUGUUAAGA